UUCUAUUUUUCUCCUUUUUCGUAUGAAUAGUUCAAGGGCAUCCCGAUGAUCGCCCCAAAUUUUUAUUGUUCUGUAUUGGGAUUCUCCGUUUUUUUCAUGAUUUGUGCGUAUUCAUGGUCCGAUCGUCUAUUUUUUGAGUUUUUUCUUGUGGGAUUGUCGUGUAAUUUCAAUAGUUUUUGAUGAUCAUGAUCAGCUUGGUAUGCUAUUGAUGUUGUCAAGGUAUCUUGUUUCCUCCUCAUCAAAGGAAAGAAUAUGUGUUUUCAGAGGUCACCCAGAAAAAAGAUUUCAAUUUCGUUAGACGAGCGGGUGAAAAUCACAGUUUGAAAAUCCAGUUUAUUCAAAUUGAAGAGGGAGGGUACUAGUUCGUGGAGGAAAUAGUACUUCUGCGGGCUUAUGUACUCUCGUAUCCAUUUGCCAACAUAAUCAUUGGCCAAUAAUUUUGAACUUGAAUGCAAGUGAAUAGCUGAAUUGAUCUAUCUGUUGACUUGGGAAUCUGCUGGAUUAGAUAAUCGAGAAUUUUAAGAGAUUUGUAGGCGUUGGCACAAUGGGUGCUGUCUGCUGCUGUUUGAGCAUGGACGAUUUUGAAGACUAUGUCAAUCCUAAUAGUUCGGUAUAUAGGAAUUGCACCUGUCUUAGUUGCUUCAUUCAGAAUUUCUUAAACGCCUACACAUUGAUUUUUCGAAGAGGAGAAGUGCAUCCUGUCUCUUCAUCAAUUCAAGGGGCGACAUCCAUGAGUUCUGCAUCAUCGACAGAUAACUCUUUAUCUGAAAUAUACCGCUCACCUCCAAGGCCAUUGCCAUAUGAUGCUGACCCCAGAUACAUCCGCUUGCAGCGGGAUGGAUUGAUUUCUAGACGCGAGAAGGGCUCAAGCCAUUUACAUGAGGAGUCAGAACCUCUAAGAGGUGAAGUAGAUACAGAUUCAGAUUCUUUGGGCUCGGCAGGCAAAUGGAAUGGAUCUGCUUGUCUUGACGAAUCUAAAGAAAAUCUUGGCAAGUCAUCUCUAAAGAUCCCAUCAACUAAAUCUACCACUGGAGCAGGGUAUGCUUAUACAUCUUCGGAAGACGAGGAUGUCUGUCCAACAUGUCUUGAAGAAUAUACCUCAGAGAAUCCCAAGAUAGUGACAAAAUGCUGUCAUCACUUUCACCUUGGAUGUAUCUAUGAGUGGAUGGAGAGAAGUGAUAACUGCCCAGUUUGUGGCAAGGUAAUGGCAUUUGAUGAAACGACUUGAUUGUUCGUGUCGUGUCGUGGAUGAAGGCAGCAGCAGCAGCAGCACCUCGGGCAUAAUAACCAACAGGAAGAUGGUGAUUUGUGAAUAUUGCAGGAUAAUAUUUUUCAACCAUAGUAAAUAUUAUGAAUGAAAGUCUAACCAAGGUUGGAUCCAUCUGUUUCCUCUCUCUCUCUCUCUCUCUCUCUCUCUCUCUCUCUUGUUCUUCAUUUUUCAAAGAGAUUCAAAGAUUAUUUCUAAGUUAUACAGUGUUGUUGAAACCGAUGUUUCACCAAAAUAUAUGAUGUUAUAGGGGGAAGAAAAACAGGUGUUGUGAAUGACUGAGAAAUCUUUCCAUCC